CGCGCCCCAGUCCCUUGACGGCCCUCCUCUCUGGGCCCCGCCCCUCCCGCUUCGGGGUGAAGCCCCAGAGAGCGCCGCGAAAACCACAUUUCCCAGAGUGCACCGCGACGGCAGGGGUCCUCAGACCGGCGCUCGCUCGCCGGCGCCAUCUCUAUAGAGAAGAACGGAGGUACGGCCUGUGGUCAUGGCGCUGUUCCCAGCCUUUGCGGGGCUUAGUGAGGCUCCCGAUGGCGGGAGCUCCAGGAAAGAGUUAGACUGGCUGAACAACCCAAGCUUUUGUGUUGGAUCCAUAACGUCCCUGAGCCAACAAACUGAAGCAGCUCCAGCCCAUGUUUCUGAAGGGUCACCGCUGACAAGCAGGAGUCAUCUGAAAUCAGAGUCUUCAGAUGAAAGUGACACUAACAAAAAGCUCAAACAAACAAGCAGAAAAAAGAAGAAAGAGAAAAAGAAAAAAAGGAAGCAUCAGCAUCAUAAGAAAACAAAGAGGAAGCAUGGGCCGUCGAGUAGCAGCAGGUCUGAGACAGACACCGAUUCUGAAAAGGACAAACCUUCCAGAGGCGUCGGAGGCAGUAAAAAGGAAUCUGAGGAACCGAAUCAAGGAAAUAAUGCUGCAGCUGAUACUGGACAUCGCUUUGUUUGGCUUGAGGACAUUCAGGCUGUGACGGGAGAAACCUUCAGAACAGAUAAGAAACCAGAUCCUGCGAACUGGGAGUACAAGUCUCUCUACCGAGGGGAUAUAGCAAGAUACAAGAGGAAAGGAGACUCCUGCCUUGGCAUUAACCCUAAGAAGCAGUGCAUAUCUUGGGAAGGGAAUUCCACAGAGAAGAAGCAUUCACGCAAGCAGGUUGAACGCUAUUUUACUAAGAAGAGUGUGGGAUUAAUGAACAUCGAUGGAGUUGCCAUUAGCAGUAAAACUGAACCUCCCUCAUCUGAGCCCAUCUCCUUUAUACCAGUGAAGGACUUGGAAGAUGCGGCUCCUGUUACAACCUGGUUGAAUCCUCUGGGGAUUUAUGAUCAGUCAACCACACAUUGGCUACAAGGACAGGGUCCUCCAGAGCAGGAAUCAAAGCAGCCAGACGCACAGCCAGACAGCGAGAGUGCGGCUCUCAAGGCCAAGGUGGAGGAGUUUAACAGGAGGGUGCGGGAGAAUCCUCGGGAUACGCAGCUGUGGAUGGCAUUUGUUGCUUUUCAGGACGAGGUCAUGAAAAGUCCUGGCCUGUAUGCCAUCGAGGAAGGAGAACAGGAAAAGCGAAAGAGGUCCCUGAAGCUCAUUCUGGAGAAGAAGCUGGCCAUUCUGGAGCGGGCCAUUGAGAGCAACCAGAGCAGUGUGGAUCUGAAACUGGCCAAGCUGAAGCUCUGCACAGAGUUCUGGGAGCCCUCCACUCUGGUCAAAGAGUGGCAGAAACUGAUAUUUUUGCAUCCCAAUAAUACAGCCCUUUGGCAGAAAUACCUUUUAUUUUGCCAGAGCCAGUUUAGUACCUUUUCGAUAUCAAAAAUUCACAGUCUUUAUGGAAAAUGCUUGAGCACUUUGUCUGCUGUUAAGGACGGCAGCAUCUUAUCUCACCCUGCGUUGCCUGGCACGGAAGAGGCCAUGUUUGCCGACUCUGAACAUAGGAUGAAAGUUGCUGCACUCUUUCUUCAGCAGUGCCACUUUCUGCGGCAGGCUGGCCACUCUGAGAAGGCCAUCUCAUUGUUCCAGGCCAUGGUGGACUUCACCUUCUUCAGACCCGACAGCGUGAAAGAUCUGCCUACCAAAGGACAGGUGCAAUUCUUUGAACCCUUUUGGGACAGUGGAGAGCCCCGGGCUGGGGAGAAGGGAGCCCGAGGCUGGAAGGCGUGGAUGCACCAGCGGGAACGAGGUGGCUGGGUGGUCAUCAACCCAGAUGAGGAUGACGAUGAACCAGAAGAGGAUGACCAGGAAAUAAAAGAUAAGACUCUGCCCAGGUGGCAGAUCUGGCUUGCUGCUGAGCGUUCCCGUGACCAGAGGCACUGGCGGCCCUGGCGCCCUGAUAAGACCAAGAAGCAAACCGAGGAAGACUGUGAGGAUCCCGAGAGACAGGUGUUGUUUGAUGAUAUUGGGCAAUCUUUGAUCAGACUUUCCAGCCAUGAUCUUCAGUUCCAGCUGGUGGAGGCCUUCCUGCAGUUCUUGGGUGUGCCUUCUGGCUUUACUCCUCCAGCCUCCUGUCUUUAUCUGGCCAUGGAUGAGAACAGCAUCUUUGAUAAUGGACUUUAUGAUGAAAAGCCCUUGACUUUUUUCAACCCUUUGUUUUCUGGGGCUAGCUGUGUUGGCCGCAUGGAUAGGUUGGGCUGUCCUCGCUGGACCAGGGGUCAGAACCGAGAGGGCGAGGAGUUCAUCCGCAAUGUCUUCCACCUUGUCAUGCCUUUAUUUUCAGGCAAAGAGAAGUCCCAGCUCUGCUUCUCCUGGUUACAGUAUGAGAUUGCAAAGGUCAUUUGGUGCCUGCACACUAAAAACAAGAAGAGAUUAAAGUCACAAGGGAAGAACUGCAAAAAACUAGCCAAGAAUCUCCUUAAGGAGCCAGAAAACUGCAACAACUUUUGCCUGUGGAAGCAGUAUGCACAUCUGGAGUGGUUGCUUGGCAACACGGAGGAUGCCAGAAAAGUUUUUGACACAGCACUUGGCAUGGCAGGAAGCAGAGAACUGAAAGACUCUGACCUCUGUGAGCUCAGUCUGCUCUAUGCUGAGCUGGAGGUGGAGCUGUCGCCAGAAGUGAGAAGGGCCGCCACAGCUCGAGCUGUUCACAUAUUAACCAAGCUGACUGAGAGCAGCCCCUAUGGGCCCUACACUGGACAGGUGUUGGCUGUUCACAUUUUGAAAGCGCGAAAGGCUUACGAGCAUGCACUGCAGGACUGUUUGGGUGACAGCUGUGUCUCCGAUCCAGCUCCCACCGAUUCCUGUAGCCGCCUAAUUAGCCUGGCUAAAUGCUUCAUGCUCUUCCAGUAUUUGACCAUAGGGAUUGAUGCUGCUGUGCAGAUAUACGAACAGGUGUUUGCAAAACUGAACAGUUCUGUUUUCCCAGAAGGCUCUGGCGAGGGGGACAGUGCCAGCUCCCAGAGUUGGACCAGUGUUCUCGAAGCCAUCACACUGAUGCACACGAGCCUGCUGAGAUUCCACAUGAAAGUGAGUGUUUACCCGCUGGCCCCUCUGCGAGAGGCACUCUCACAGGCUUUAAAGUUGUAUCCAGGCAACCAGGUUCUUUGGAGGUCCUAUGUACAGAUUCAGAAUAAGUCCCACAGUGCCAGCAAAACCAGGAGAUUUUUUGACACAAUCACCAGGUCUGCCAAACCCUUGGAGCCUUGGUUGUUUGCAAUUGAAGCUGAGAAACUGAGGAAGAGACUGGUGGAAACUGUCCAGAGGUUAGACGGUAGAGAGAUCCACGCCACAAUUCCUGAGACCGGCUUAAUGCAUCGGAUCCAAGCCCUGUUUGAAAAUGCCAUGCGCAGCGACAGUGGCAGCCAGUGCCCCUUGCUGUGGAGGAUGUAUUUGAACUUUCAGGUUUCCUUAGGAAAUAAAGAAAGAAGCAAAGGUGUAUUCUACAAAGCACUUCAGAAUUGCCCUUGGGCAAAGGUAAGUGUUAAAGGCCAUGGUGUCUUCAGCAUCCCGAAAACUUCCCGCCAGGUCUCCGUCCAGCUAGUGUCUUCCCGGCCUGCCCCGCAGCACUGGGGAUGCUCGGCUCAUGGACGCCAUACCCUGUCCCAAGGUACAUCCAGAGCCUUUUCCUGGUGAAACUGCCCCCUGUGGAGUCAGAGUCUGGCCCUGCCUGGGACUGGUGCUUCAUGGAAGUGUUGCCGUGGGUAGCUGGUUUCCCAGCAUUUGGUCAGAGUCCAGCCCAGAUGCUGAAAGAGUUGGGAUCAUGUCCCAGCCCGGCUGUGAGAGCCCAGGUCAGGUGACACUCAGAAGUGAAACUGAGGGCGACGGCCAGCAAUUCCUGGACCCCUUUUAAAAGAGAAGUCCUCGCUUGGCGUUUGCUCACUUUUGCGAGUUCAGUGUCCUUCCUGAACAUGCCCAGUGCUGCCCGAGUUAAGAAAGUCUCAGCCAAGGGGAGCAGGGGCCGUGGAGGGCAACAGGAGGGCAGGGUCACCAGGAACCUGGCCCUUGCUUCCUGAGCUCCUCCAGGCUGACAGGAAGUGGCGGCUGAGUGGGGCGGCCUUCCUGCCUGCCCCUAGGUGUUGUACCUGGACGCCGUGGAGUACUUCCCCGAUGAGAUGCAGGAGAUCCUGGACCUGAUGACUGAGAAGGAGCUCCGGGUGCGCCUGCCGCUGGAGGAGCUGGAGCUGCUGCUGGAGGAUUAGAGAGCAGCGGGAAAACGGGCUGUGCCUGUGAGGCCAAGUUUCCCACCCUGCGGAGCUAGGAGGCGCCAGCGGAGAACGUGUGUGUUAGGAGAACUCGGCUUUUGAAAUGUUCUUUCUCGAUAAUGUGGGCUGCCAGCCUCUCACAUCUUGCACACUUUUUGGGUGUGUAAAUGACACAAAAGCUAUUUACAUAUUAUAUAUGUGAAUAUGUGUAUAUAUGUACAUAGCCAGAGAGUCAUGCCACGUGGUCAUUAAACCGAUGAUGAUUGAGG